CUUUUAGAUCGCGCUUGCGCAUAUCCGCAUAUUGUUCUGUGUUCUGUCCUUACUCCUUAUUCUUAUUAUACACACUUUGUUCUCUUGUGCUUCAAAACGACGCAUUUGUCAACGCAAAUAAGACUGUUUAUACCAUUAUAAAUCGACAAUCCGGUCGAAAUAUGUAGUUUUGUGCAACAAAGCAGUACUUGACAUCUCCGCGCAGUAUUAUAUUAGAACAUCUCCGUGGGAGAGUCGUAUGUACGUCGUCGGAAGUGGUACUCUUACAGCUGUGCAGAACUAAAACGGGAGAUCGUCAUUUCUCUACCGAAAGGAUUGAGAAGAGGAAGAGAAGAGGAUAACGGAAUACUCCGCCCCGUCGUAUGGAAGCGACGAGAAUUAAGAGAUAACGUAACCUUCAAAACCGUGGAUCAUCUGUCAAACGUCAGGAGUCCGCAAAGAAAUCGGAACCAAACAUGGCAUUCACAAAUGUUUUGUUAUUGAGUCAAAUAGCGGGCUACGUUGUUGCCCUUAUUCUAUCGCUAUGCAUUAUUGUACCAAUGAGUUUGCACCAGGAUGAGUUCAGGGGUCACUGUCUUCUGUUCUCCACUGGCAAUUGGAGAGAAAGCGAUGGCCAGUUUGUUCCUGACUGGGCAUCCCAGAUGUACUGCAACUACACUAUAUUUGUUGGUUUGAUACUAUUCUUGACUGCUGCUGUGCAAAUCUAUCGGCUGUCUAUGCUGAUGUACAAAGGAGAGGACAGUUCAUUCUUGUCAGCUUUCGUAGAUGUCAUCACCUCGGUAUUCUUGACGAGUAUAACUCUUAUAGCUGCUGUGAUUAUAACUCUAGGAUUUAUGACAUGGUGCCAAUGUAUGACCAAGAGGUUCCCCUCUUGCGAACUGGCAGCAGGUAAUGAUAUUGAUAAAGCAGACAAUAUAGAUACAAGUGGCUUCCACAUAGAACUAGGAGCAGCUCAAUUUGGAACCUGGAGUAGUCUUUCAAUUUGGGUGGGCCUGUCUGUGUUUGCUACACUGAAAUUGCUGCGGUAUCACCAGCUGGAGAACAUGAAAGUUUCCAUGUACAGGGAAAGACAGAGAUUGAUCGAGGCUGCGAGUAGUAGCAGUGGCAGCAACAAGCACCCAGAAAUUGGUUAAAAAUCACAAUGUCUUACCAGCGAUAAUUAUUUUUUUAACUAAUUUUAUUAAGUAAUUUCUAAUGUUAUUUAUGAAAAAAUUUAUUAUACUCGAACAAACGAUUAUAGCGCAGUUAUUACUUUACGUUUGGUUGAAGUCAUUGUUAGUCGCAAACAUAUCACUCACGUGACGCUAAACGCGACAUCGACGUUUAAGUGCAAAUCACAUUGCAGCGAUGAGACGGAUAAAGAGGCGGGAAUUAUAAACAAACAUUGAUUAAUGACAGAAACGAGAUGAUUAAAAAUAUAAUACAUUUUUUAUUUUAGCGAAUUUUGUAAACUAACUUUUGUAAAUACGCACAGAGCACUCGCGUUAUAAUUUUUCGAACGUCGUCUCUCUAAAGAAAAUUCUCUAAAUACAAAUCGUCGUCUAUAUAUUAAAUAUAAAUUAAACAAAGGAUCUAUACAUAUAUAUAUAUAUAUAUAUAUAUAUAUAUAUAUACCCUUGUAUAUUUUACAAGUAACUAUUUUACAAAGGAGGGAAGUUUUAUGUAUACUUGUUAUUUUACAAUCGCAAGUAUCGCUUGUUUAUACAGUAAAAACGAAAUAAAUAUUUCACAAGAGUGUCAAAAGAAGCAAAAAGAAA